AUGGCAAGAAAUUUUGAUGACCUUUUCGAAGCUCUUCCCGAUGCUGAAAUCUUUCUUCCUGGGUACGUCGGAUACGAAGACAGAAUCAAACGAUGGAGUGCUUCGUGCAACAAGCGGGCCGCAGUUAUUGUUUGUCCGAGAAAUGCGUUCGAAGUGAGCACAGCUCUUCGUUACGCCACGACUCACCGAAUAUUUCCGCUUGCACUCCGGGGAGGCGGACAUAGUACAAGUGGAGACAGCUCCUCUGACGGAGGAAUGGUGAUAGAUCUGCGCCAAAUAAACUCCACCACAGUUGACCCGAAGAUGCGGACAAUCACAUUCGGAGGAGGAUGCACAUGGCAGGACGUCAAUGAUGCCUUGUGGGAUCAUGGCCUUGCAACUGUUAGUGGCACAGUCGGAGAUACAGGGGUUGGAGGCCUGAUACUCUGUGGAGGCUAUGGGUAUUUGACCGGGCGGUGCGGGCUGGCUCUUGAUUGUCUCCUCAGCUGUGAGGUCGUGCUAGCCAAUGGAGACAUUGUAAAAGCCAGCAAGGAUGACAAUCCAGAUUUAUUCUGGGCCUUGCGCGGGGCUGGGCCGAACUUUGGCAUCGUCACUCAUUUCACCUCGCAAGCGUUUGUACAGGAAGAAAGCUGGGGAGGCUUCUUGGGCUUCACUCCAGAAUGCCUGGCUGCUGUUGUUGAGUUCGGUAACUACUUUAUACAAACCGAUGAUGGAAAUGGUGUGAUGGCCGUUGUGUUUCACAACGGAUCAGAGGAGGAAGGAAGAAAAAGGUUCAAACCACUCCUUGAUCUCGAACUUCUAGGUGACACUACCAGCAUGUUAUCCUAUCCAGAUCUAAAUAUGAUGUUCAACAAAUACCCGCGAGGACCUGAUGAUAGGCAUCGGUUUGGCGGCGCAAAUUUCACAUUUCCACUCAAUAAAGAAGCAGCUCAGAAGAUCGGCAAUCAAUUCUGGCAGACCACCAAUGCACCGGAGAACGACGAUCUCCGGAGCAGCACAAUAGGGUUUGAGUUCUUCCCUACAAACAAAAUCCGCGAAAUUCCUCUGACGGACACGGCUUUCGCAAACAGAGGCCAAUUUGCGUCAAUUUGCAUAUCGAUGAACUGGACAGAGGCGUCAAUGGAUAAUCGCGCAUGUGAACUAUCAACAGAAUUUAGCCAACUUUGUGCCGAUAGUGUUGGUUGGAAGGGAAACAAGUAUCAUGAGGGAGCGACUACCUACGCAAACUACUUUAGCAGUGUUACAAAAGCAGAGAAGAUAUAUGGACAAAAUACGGCAAGACUGAGGAGACUGAAGAACAAAUACGACCCUCAACAAGUAUUUCAGAAAGUGCAGGACUUGUCACCUAAACAGUAA